AUGGGCCAUCCACGCGGCAUCGACAUUCUGUUAAUUUCACCACAAGAAGAGCGUAUGCAUCUAUCCGUUCGACUGGAUUACCGCGCAACUAACAAUGAGGCGGGGUAUGAGGCCCUCAUAGCUGGAGCCUUCGAGAUAAACAACGCAAGGCUGAAGCUGUACGCGGAGGCCUUCGAAAAGCUCAAGGUCAACUUCGACGAAGUCAGUCUGCAGAAACUUCCUCGAGCGGAUAACCAGGCGGCGGAUGAAUUGGCUAAACUUGAGGGAACGAGGGUCACUCCUUUCCACUUGGUGUACGGAGGGGAGGCUGUUGUUCCUGUGGAGGUCGAAAUCGAAUCCGAUCGGGUGCAACAGUACGACGCGGAUAACGCCGAGCGGAGGCAACUGGAGCUGGGCUUGAUAGACGAGGCGCGAGCCAAAGCAGCCGUCCGAUUAUUGACGUACCGGCAAAGAAUGAGGCUGAAUUACGACAGACGAGUAGUUCCCAGAGCAUUCCAGGUCGGCGACCUAGUAUGGAAGAAGGUGAGGCCGGUCGGCGACGUAAGCAAGGUGGAGGCUCCCUGGGCAGGGCCCUUCAAGAUCAUCAAGAAGCUCCGAUUAGGCGCCUAUUACCUUGAACAUGAAGACGGACGACAGCUAGAACGACCAUAG